GAGAAAAAGAUACAGAGACUCAUAGAGAGAGAUACAGAGACACAUAUACAAAGAUACAUAGACAGAGAUAGAGAGACAAAGAAAGACCCCGAUAAACAGAUAGACUGAGAUAGUUAGAGCUAGAAGUUUAUUAAUAUCUAUGUUUUGUCAGAUAUAUAUAGGAAACAAACAAACUAUUUUACAAAUAUGCAAUGAAUAAAUGAAAUUCAUCGCCUAAAAUUUUUUUUAAUUUAAUUUUUUUUAAAAAGUUAGUAGGAUUAUAUGCAACAAAAAGAUCAAGAUAUGGAUCUAACGGAUGAAGAAAUUUCAAGACUAAAUUCACAAAGUACUCUGGAUUCUACCUUGGAUAUUAAUACAGAAGAAGAAAUUGUUAUCACAUUCAGCAGCGGUCAAGAUUCGGAAAUCAUUAUUUCAAGCAAUUAUGACAUUGUACAGUGUAUUGUGGAAGAUGAGGGAGAAUAUAUUUUUCCAUUUGCUGAACAAGAUUUUAGUGGUGAUCCCGAACAUACUGCUGCUGCCGAGCGAAUAUCAAAUCUGAAGGAUCGCGUCGAUAACACACGUAAUUCAUUGGAUGAGGAGUUGCAAACAUUAUUAUCAGAAAUGAAAGCAAAAUACACCUGUGAUACACGGGCGAUUGGCUGUUUUCCUGAAAAUCCAAGACGAUCUGAAAAUGAGAAUUACAUAGUUUUCAACGAAACGGAAGAUGAGAAUAGAGUUGGAAGUGUAUAUUGGUGUCAAUGUGGGAACUGCAUACCUAUGCGAACAAAUAUCGAGUCUGUAUGCUGCAAAGAAAUCACAAAUGCUGAACCAUUAAUGGAUAACCUAAAUUGCAUAACCGAACAUGAAUUGUUUAAUAUUUUCUGUAACAGAGUAGAAACUGUAACUGUAAACUUAAUAUCUUUUGUUUACACAGAAAAAGAACCUUCCAAAAAGGAUAUGAACAGUAAAAAGCCCUGCACCACCCUACAGUGGAAAGAGCUACAGAACAACACCGGAGACGGAGAAUGCCCAUCCCAGGAAUGA